AACCGCUUAAGUAUCUGCACUAGCCCUCGCCGAGGGGAGGGCUGGUUAGGCAGUUACCCUGGUUCAUAACAGCAGUCGUUACAUCACCGUGUCCCGGCUGGGAAAUAACGGCGUAAAGCGACUAACCAUUCCCGAAUCGACCUAGACUCACCAAGUCUUUAGUAUGAUUUAUUAAGCUGACAAACCCAAACACGACAGCAGCGCUAGCUCGGUUGUUCUUCUGACGGGCUGUCAAAACCCGACGGGUUUCAUCGUGCAUUGAGUUUGAGGAGCUAGAAGAGAUGUCCUGCUCGUGCACUUCGGCUGCCAGGUUGUUUCUGAACACAGCCCACAGAGGACUGUCAUGCUCCCGAAUCCAGCUGUUUUCUCUGAGUCGUCAAGGGUCUCGGGAAACUCAUUUUCACCCCAAAGUGUGUGUGAGGUCGUUUUCAGAGACUGCUGUCUGUUAUGCAGCUAAAGAUGGGACAACGAGGGAUGGUGGAAAUGACGGUGGAAAGAAAAGCAUCAGUGAGGGGAAGAGAGCGUCCUCCUCUGGAGGAUCAGGCAAAGGUGGAAGCCAGCUGCGCUGCCCUAAAUGUGGGGAUCCCUGCACACACGUGGAGACCUUUGUAUCAUCAACACGAUUCGUCAAAUGCGAGAAGUGCCAUCACUUUUUCGUGGUCCUAUCUGAAACUGACUCUAAAAAAGGGUUAAACAAGGAGGCCGAAUCUGCUGCGGAGGCAGUGAAACUGGCGUUCGCCCAGAAACCUCCUCCUCCACCCAAGAAGAUUUAUGCCUAUUUGGAUAAAUAUGUUGUUGGCCAGUCCUAUGCAAAAAAAGUCUUGGCGGUUGCGGUGUACAAUCACUACAAGCGCAUCUACAACAACAUCCCCGCAGGGAGUCGGCCCCAGGUGGAGGUGGAGAAACAGCCUUCUCUUACGCCUCGUGGGGACAUUCAUUUUCUAAGAGCAGGAGAGCUGGGACGGGUCAGAGGUCAGAGAUCAGGAUCAGAGCUGGAGCUAGAGAUGAGAAGACGAGAGGAUGAAUACAGAUUCACAAAGCUGCUGCAGAUAGCAGGCAUCAGUCCUCAUGGAAACGCUCUCGGAGCAUCCAUGCAGCAGCAGGCCAGUCAGCAGGCUCCUCAGGAGAAGCGGGGCGGGGAGGUCCUGGAUUCCACACACGCUGAAAUCAAACUGGAGAAGAGCAACAUCAUACUUCUGGGUCCAACUGGGUCAGGAAAAACACUGUUGGCGCAGACGCUGGCACGAUGUCUGGAUGUUCCUUUUGCAAUUUGCGAUUGCACAACUCUCACUCAGGCUGGAUACGUGGGAGAAGACAUCGAGUCAGUGAUUGCCAAACUUCUCCAGGAUGCCAACUACUCAGUGGAUAAGGCUCAGCAAGGUAUUGUGUUCCUGGACGAGGUGGACAAGAUCGGCAGCGUGCCAGGAAUCCACCAGCUCAGAGAUGUGGGUGGAGAGGGAGUCCAGCAGGGUUUGCUGAAACUCCUGGAGGGUACAAUUGUCAACGUUCCUGAGAAAAACUCCAGGAAACUCAGGGGUGAAACGGUCCAAGUGGACACAACAAACAUCUUGUUUGUUGCAUCAGGCGCCUUCAACGGCCUUGAUAGGAUCAUAAGCAGAAGAAAGAAUGAGAAGUAUCUGGGUUUUGGAACCCCCUCUAACCUGGGGAAAGGGCGCCGUGCAGCCGCCGCCGCAGACCUGGCCAACAGCAGCGGUGAGACGGACACGGUGGCGGAGAUCGAGGAGAAGGACCGGCUGCUGAAGCACGUCGAAGCCCGGGACCUGAUCGAGUUCGGGAUGAUCCCGGAGUUCGUCGGCCGUCUUCCCGUCGUGGUACCUCUGCACAGCCUGGACGAAGACACGCUGGUCCGCAUCCUGACUGAACCACGCAACGCCGUGGUGCCCCAGUACCAGGCCCUGUUCAGCAUGGACAAAUGUGAACUCAAUGUGACCCAAGAUGCCUUGAGAGCCAUCGCCAGAAUGGCGUUGGAGAGGAAGACUGGAGCUCGUGGGCUCAGAUCCAUUAUGGAAAAACUGCUCCUGGAGCCCAUGUUUGAGGUGCCGCAUUCAGAUAUCAUGGCUGUUGAACUGAGCAAAGAUGUCGUCCAGGGGAAGUCACAGGCCAGAUACAUCAGAGCCCCGGCGAAAGAAGCGGCCGAAGAGGAGUACGACUCCGGCAUCGAGGAGGAAAACUGGCCUCGGCAGGCAGACGCUGCUAACAACUGAACCUCGCGACACGUCUCACCAGAAGUCUACGCCGCCUGAACCGUUAGAUUACCGGGAACCCUUUUUGGAUACCAUUUUUGGUAUAAAGUAUUUUAUUAUAGCGUCUGACAGAUAAAGUGAGGACAUCCGGGAAGGGCUUUUCAUGGUUAGGAGAGAGUAACAACCUUCGGGUCCCUUGCACCGUGAGAUUUCUCUGGUGGUGCACUCCCACUGUGGACCUUUAUGACAUAUUUCAAUCUCUGAGGAUUGUUAACAUUUUAUCUAUAUAAAGAUAAUGCAAUUUUAUUCAUAAAAAAAAAAGGUAUUUGUAGUUAGUUUUCUCUCUUUUGUGGUUAUGGGCUGCGAUGGAAAGGGAAACAAGAGGAAAUUGUGGGAUCAUACCGUACACUUGAAAACGAGGGGUGCUGAAGAGACGCGAUGUGACCAUGUGAAGAGAUGCCCUCCGUCGCCAGGGCAACAUAUUCCACGAGCACAUCGAUAUUUUGAUGUUUCCUUCUUUACCGCCGUUGUAAUAACGGCGCACACAGUGAAAUCGGUUGUAAAUGUUUAGCUACACUGCACAGGUAGCAUUCCUAAGCAGUUUGUAUGACAUGACCUCUAAUCAGGAGUAAAACACACCAGCAAACCAAUCAGCAGGUGAGGAGGAAGGUAGUGACCUUUUAAACGGCCAGAACGGUUAUUUUAGUGUCCGGCUCUUUCUUUUAGUCCACUCUUUAGAUAUGUUCACUUGUAUCUGAGGAUCAGAGGGCUGCGUCCCGGCUAGCUACACCUACUAACUGUCAGGUGGUGAUGAAAUACCCCCCUUUUCUUUUAGCUAUGUUUCCUAGUAGCUGUAUUAUUUAAAAGAAAUGAAUCCCCAUAAAUUGGAUAUUUAACUUUAGUUUUCCAUGUUCAAACAGCCGUUUCUGUUGAACGGGGCUUCUCCUGAAACAUAUUUUAUUUCCUGCGCAGUGUCACGUCACCUUCAGUGUUUUACCCCCCCCUCAGUACAGGUGUGUCAUCCAGGCUGGGCUAAGACGCGCCCCGCCCAACCUCGCUGCUGUGCUCCUUCAGUUGCUGAUUGUGUCGGAAAAUUAGAUAAAACUCAAUUUGUUCUACCUGCUUUUAAGUUUCUUUAUUAAAAUUUCAAACUGCCUUUCUAUUAUCAGAGGUCUGUUACAGGAACCUGUAGACGCCCCACCACCUUCUAAUGCUUGUGAAAUUAAAACUUAUUGUGAUUGUUUAAAUAUAUAAAUAAAUGUAUAUCUGUAUAAA